ACCAGCAUGCUGGAAGCUAACCGGCGCUCCAAAUCUAGAGAUUUUCGCCGAAAUCCUCCCGAGACUCGCGAUUCCCCUGUCCCUGGGCCAGAACCGGCACCAUGGCGUUCCACUGGUGCGACAACAACCUACACACCACCGUGUUCACGCCGCGCGACUUCCAGGUCGAGCUUCUGGCCGCCGCCUAUGAGCGCAACACCAUCAUUUGCCUGGGCCACCGCAGCUCCAAGGAGUUUAUCGCCCUCAAGCUGCUGCAGGAGAUCUCGCGCCGCGGUCGCCGUCAUGGCAAGGUCAGUGUCUACCUGAGCUGCCAGGUGGGGGACAGUAAGGAGCCCGCCAGCAUCUACACUAUGCUCACCCACCUGACGGAUCUGCGGGUGUGGCAGGAGCAGCCGGACAUGCAGGUUCCCGCCGAUCACUGCUGGACGGACUACCAUGUGUCCAUCCUACGGCCCGAGUGCUUUCUGAGCCUGCUCCAUGGCGGCGAUUUGCCGUUGAGUAGCGUGGAUUUAAUUGUGCUGGAGGAUUGCCACGACAGUGCCGUAUAUCAGCGGAUACUGCCGCUCUUCGAGGAGCACAUCCUGCCGGCCGAUCCCGAGGACAGACCCCGCAUUCUGGGCCUGGCUGGACCGCUUCACAGUGCGGGUUGCGAACUGCAGCAACUCAGCGACAUGCUGGCCACUCUGGAGCGAAACGUGCUUUGCCAGAUCGAGACGGCCAGCGACAUUGUCACGGUGCUGCGUUAUUGUUCCCGUCCCCACGAGUACAUCGUCCAGUGCGCCCCCUUCGAGAUGGACGAGCUCUCGUUUGUGCUGGCCGAUGUCCUUAACACGCACAAGUCCUUCCUGAUGGACCACCGCUACGACCCCUACGAGAUCUACGGGAUGGACCAAUUUAUGGAUGAGUUGAAGGACAUACCGGACCCCAAGCUGGACCCACUGAACGUGAUAGACUCGCUGCUGUCCAUGCUGCACGAGAUGGGACCUUGGUGCACCCAGCGUGCCGCUCAUCACUUUUACCAGAGCAAUGAAAAGCUGAAGGUGAAGACUCCGCAUGAGCGUCACUACCUGCUCUACUGCCUGGUCAGCACGGCCCUCAUCCAGCUGCACGCCCUCUGCGACUACACCUUUCAGCGGCAGCAGGUGCCGGGCGGCGGCGGCGGCGGCGACUCGCGUCCCACCAUUGAGCGCUAUUCCAGUCCCAAGGUUCGCCGCUUGCUGCAGACGCUGCGCUGCUUCAAGCCAGAGGAGGUCUUCACCCAGACGGACGGUUUGCGGAGGAUGCGCCACCAGGUGGACCAGGCUGACUUCAACCGACUGUCGCACGUCCUGGAGAGCAAGUGCCGCGUGGUGGACCAGCUAGAGCAUCCGGCGACGGAAACCAGAGCCCUGGUGGCCAAUCUGGAACAGAUCCUCAGCUCCACGCAGGACAAGCAGCUGCCCAAGGCCUCACAGGCUCGCGCGACGGCCCCGGGCCAGGCGAGAGCAAAGUCCGGUACAGGAUCCUCUGGAACCAGCACCCAGCCGCGCCCAAGGCGACGUGUGUACACCAGGCGCCAUCACCGUGAUCAAAAUGACGGAAACGACACGCUCUGUGCUUUGAUCUAUUGCAACCAGAACCAUACGGCGCGCGUGCUUUUCGAGCUGCUGGCGGAGAUGGGCAGGCGCGACCCAGAUCUCAAGUUCCUACGAUGCCAGUACACUACCGAUCGGGUGGCUGACCCCGCCACGGAGCCCAAGGAGGCCGAGCUAGAGCACCGGCGGCAGGAGGAGGUCCUCAAGCGAUUUCGCAUGCAUGACUGCAACGUUCUGAUCGGCACCUCGGUGCUGGAGGAGGGCAUUGAUGUGCCCAAGUGCAAUCUGGUGGUUCGUUGGGAUCCGCCGACCACCUACCGCAGCUAUGUUCAGUGUAAGGGACGGGCUCGUGCCGCUCCCGCCUAUCAUGUCAUUCUGGUGGCGCCCAGAUACGAGAGUCCUGUCGUUGGCCCCGUCCAGCUGAGUGAUCGGAGUCAUCGCUUUGUGUGCGGCGCCGCGGGAACAGGCGAUGCGAUGGAGGGCGACAGCGACUCGGAUGACUCGGCGAGGCCAAAUUCCUUGGGCUCUGAUCCCUUUACUUUUGGUACAGCCCGCGGUACCGUUAAGAUCCUCAAUCCCGAGGUGUUUAGCAAGCAACCUCCCACGGCCUGCGACAUUAAACUGCAGGAGAUCCAGGACGAAUCUCCUCCGACUACUGCCUUGCUAGACACCAGCAACUCGAGCGACGAGGCGGUCUGCCUGAGCAACACAACGCCGAGUGACAGCAGCGUGGAACACAAGCCCAGGCAGCGCUUCCAGUGCGCAUUGCCCAACCCAGAGGAGCAGGAGGAGCAGCCCCAGAUCCCACCCGUUGAUCUCCUGGCCAGAACCACAAAUGAUUUGGUCCACCAAAUGGCGCAGUAUCGUGAGAUUGAGCAGAUGCUGCUCUCGAAAUGUGCCAAUACAGAGCCACCGGAGCAGGAGCAGAGCGAGGCAGACCGCUUUAGUGCCUGCCUGGCCGCAUACCGACCGCAGCCGCAUCUCCUGACCGGAGCCAACGUUGAUCUCGGCACCGCCAUAGCCUUGGUCAACAAGUACUGCGCCCGCCUGCCCAGCGAUACCUUCACUAAGCUGACGCCUCUCUGGCGCUGCGCCCGCAGUGUUCGAGCUGGAGUGGAGUUGUUCCAGUACACCCUCCGGCUGCCCAUCAAUUCGCCACUGAAGCACGACAUUGUGGGUCUGCCGAUGCCCACACAGACCCUGGCUCGGCGGCUGGCCGCCCUGCAGGCCUGUGCCGAACUGCACCGAAUCGGUGAGCUGGACGAUCAACUACAGCCCAUUGGCAAGGAGGGAUUCCGUGCUUUGGAGGCCGACUGGGAAUGCUUCGAUCUAGAGCCGGAGGACGAGCAGAUCGUCCAGCUGAGCGAUGAGCCGCGUCCGGGUACAACGAAGCGGCGUCAGUACUAUUACAAGCGGAUUGCCUCAGAGUUCUGCGACUGUCGGCCGGAGGCCGGUGCUCCCUGCUACUUGUACUUCAUCCAGCUGACCCUGCAAUGCCCCAUACCCGAGGAGCAGAAUACCCGCGGCCGCAAGAUCUAUCCGCCGGAGGAUGCUCAGCAGGGCUUUGGCAUCCUGACCACCAAGCGCAUUCCCAAGCUGAGCGCUUUUUCGAUAUUCACCCGUUCCGGCGAAGUGAAGGUUUCCCUUGAGCUGGCCAAGGAGCGGGUGGUGCUGACUGAAGAGCAGAUUGCCUGCAUCAACGGCUUCCUUAACUAUACCUUCACCAAUGUGCUGAGGCUGCAGAAGUUCCUCAUGCUAUUCGAUCCCGACUCCACGGAGAAUUGUGUGUUCAUUGUGCCCACGGUGAAAGGUCCUGGAAGUGGGAAGCAUAUUGACUGGCAGUUCCUCGAGCUCAUCCGGGCCAAUGGCAAUACCAUGCCGAGGGCAGUGCCCGAUGAAGAGCGCCAGGCCCAGACGUUCGAGGCCAAGCGCUUCCAGGAUGCCGUGGUCAUGCCUUGGUAUCGCAACCAGGAUCAGCCGCAGUACUUUUACGUGGCGGAGAUCUGUCCGCAUCUCUCGCCGCUCAGCUGCUUCCCCGGGGAUAACUAUCGCACGUUCAAGCACUACUACCUGGUCAAGUACGGUCUGACCAUACAGAAUGCCUCGCAGCCGUUACUGGACGUGGAUCAUACCAGUGCUCGCCUGAACUUCCUGACGCCACGUUACGUUAACCGCAAGGGCGUGGCGUUGCCCACCAGCUCGGAGGAGACAAAAAGGGCGAAGCGCGAGAAUCUGGAGCAGAAGCAAAUUCUGGUGCCCGAACUGUGCACAGUCCAUCCCUUUCCGGCCUCCCUGUGGCGCACUGCAGUGUGCCUGCCCUGCAUACUUUAUCGCAUCAAUGGCCUGCUCCUGGCCGACGAUAUACGGAAGCAGGUCUCUGCGGAUCUGGGACUGGGCAGGCAGCAAAUCGAAGACGAGGAGUUCGAGUGGCCUAUGCUGGACUUUGGCUGGAGCCUGUCAGAGGUGCUGAAGAAGUCGCGUGAGUCCAAGCAAAGGGAAUCGGGGAAAGAGGAAUUGGUUAAUGGCCAGGAAGCGGUUGUCGAGGAAGUCAAGCCAGUCAAGGAGGAGGUUACAGUGGAUGCCGAUCCGAAGGCGGAAAAGAGUGCCAAUGAAAUCAUCAUCGAGGGCGAGCAAAAGCUGCAGGAGGCCGAUGACUUUAUUGAGAUUGGCACCUGGUCAAAUGAUAUGGCUGACGACAUAGCCACUUAUAGCGAAGAUGACGAGGACGAGGCUUUUCAUCUUCCCGUUCUGCCUGCCAAUGUAAAGUUCUGCACUGGCGAUCAGCAAACCCGGUAUGGCUCGCCCACCUUCUGGGAUGUUAGCAAUGCCAAUGGGGACUUCAAGAAGUCGGCCAAGCCUAGUCAGCCCCAAAGGGGUGGCAAGAGCAAGGGCAAGGACACGGCCUACAACUACUACGACUCGGAUAAUUCGCUGGGAUCCAGCUACGACGAUGAGGACAACGUCGGACCCCACAACAACUACAUGCAUCACAACUACAGCUCGGAUGAUGAAGAUGCGGCGGAGGAUGCAGGGCGUAUUGCCUUUACUUCCAAAAACGAGGCGGAAACCAUUGAGACUGCUCAGGAUGUGGAGAAGCGGCAAAAGCAACUGUCCAUCAUACAGGCCACCAAUGCCAAUGAGCGGCAGUAUCAGCAGACCAAGAACCUCCUGAUAGGCUUCAACUUUGAGCAGCAGCCAAGGGAAGGUUGCCCCAGCGGCAAGUACGAGCAGGCGAUAGCCAAGCUGCAGGAAGAGAUCGAAAGCUGUGGCAUGCUGGUGCCGCACAACCAGGAGUUGCGCUUGAAACGUACCGACUCUUUGGAGACUAAAGUGGGCAAGGAUACGACCAUGAACCUGCUAAAGCAACUUCUACCCUACGUUGGGGAGCAGCAACUCGAGGAAAGGUUGGGCGAUAGAAAGGAACUGCAACUUAAGGAUUUAGUCGAACUUAAUGCGAAUUGGGUCAUCCAGAAUCCAAAGGAGAGCUACAGUGUCUUGGGAUGUGGAGAUAGUUUCGACAAUUAUAAUGACCACCAUUGUCUAAACUUGGCUGACAAACAGCUGCAGCUGCAGUUUGAACGAAAGGUCAAGAACCCACCCACGCCGGAGAAGACAUUCCCAUCAGCAGUUCCCUUAACAGGCUUUAGCUUUGAUCGCCAGCCGGAUCUGGUGGGCCAUCCCGGACCCAGUCCCAGCAUUAUCCUACAGGCUCUCACCAUGUCCAAUGCCAACGACGGCAUCAACUUGGAGCGCCUUGAAACCAUUGGCGACUCCUUCCUCAAGUACGCCAUCACCACCUACCUGUACAUAACCUACGAAAACGUGCAUGAGGGCAAGCUGAGUCACCUGCGCUCCAAGCAGGUGGCCAAUCUCAAUCUGUAUCGCCUGGGCAGGCGCAAGCGGCUGGGCGAGUAUAUGAUAGCCACAAAGUUCGAGCCGCACGACAACUGGCUACCGCCUUGCUACUACGUUCCCAAGGAGCUGGAGAAGGCCCUCAUCGAGGCCAAGAUACCGACGCAUCACUGGAAACUGGCUGACCUGCUGGACAUCAAAAACCUGAGCAGUGUGCAGAUCUGCGAGAUGGUCCGUGAGAAGGCUGAAGCCUUGGGUCUUGAGCAGAAUGGGCCGCAGAACGGCCAGCAGCUCGACGACUCCAAUGACAGCUGCAAUGAUUUUAGCUGCUUCAUUCCGUACAACCUGGUGUCGCAGCACAGCAUUCCAGACAAGUCAAUUGCUGACUGUGUCGAAGCGUUAAUUGGAGCCUAUCUCAUCGAAUGUGGACCCCGCGGAGCUCUUCUCUUCAUGGCUUGGCUGGGUGUAAGGGUGCUGCCCUUCACCAAGCAACUGGAGGCGGGGAAUGAGGGAGAGCGUCUGCCGGGAAGCAGCAAACCAAAUGCCGAAAAAAUGGUAACCGUAUAUGGCGCCUGGCCCACGCCUCGCAGUCCUCUGCUACACUUUGCACCCAACGCAACGGAGGAGCUCGACCAGUUAUUGAGUGGCUUUGAUGAGUUCGAGGAGAGUCUGGGGUACCGUUUCCGGGAUCGCUCUUACCUGCUGCAAGCCAUGACGCAUGCCAGUUAUACGCCCAAUCGGCUGACGGACUGCUAUCAACGGUUGGAGUUCCUCGGCGAUGCAGUGCUGGAUUAUCUCAUUACCCGGCACCUGUACGAGGAUCCACGACAGCACUCGCCCGGCGCUCUCACUGAUCUGCGUUCUGCACUGGUGAACAACACAAUCUUUGCCUCACUUGCCGUUCGGCAUGGCUUCCACAAGUUCUUCCGGCAUCUCUCGCCCGGCCUCAACGACGUCAUAGAUCGCUUUGUGCGCAUCCAGCAGGAGAAUGGACACAGCAUCAGUGAAGAGUACUAUUUGCUAUCUGAGGAGGAGUGUGACGAUGCCGAGGACGUGGAGGUGCCCAAGGCCUUGGGAGAUGUGUUCGAGUCCAUUGCCGGUGCCAUUUUCCUGGACUCGAACAUGUCUCUGGACGUCGUGUGGCACGUUUAUAGCAAUAUGAUGAGCCCGGAAAUUGAACAGUUUAGCAAUUCAGUGCCAAAGUCGCCCAUUCGGGAGCUGCUCGAGCUGGAGCCGGAGACGGCCAAGUUUGGCAAGCCGGAGAAACUGGCCGAUGGACGUCGCGUGCGCGUCACCGUCGAUGUCUUCUGCAAGGGAACCUUCCGUGGCAUCGGGCGUAACUAUCGCAUUGCCAAAUGCACGGCAGCCAAAUGCGCACUUCGCCAGCUCAAGAAACAGGGCCUGAUAGCCAAAAAAGACUAGGAAGGUGUCUAUAUCUUCGAUGUGUUUCAUUAGGCCUAAGUUCGUAUUCCACGCAGACUAUUGUAAGCUUAAAGUAAGAAAGCGUUUGUAUAAAACCGUAUCAGAUUAAGUUCAAAACAUUAAAGUUAUUUCGAAACUACUA